CUCGGGACUCACCUUCGGAGUCCCGGUAGCUCCAGCUCCGUGGCGCACGCAGCAGCGUCCUGACAACCGACAAACCACAAAGGCCGGAAGUGCGUCACCGUUCCGAGCCGCGUCGCAGAAACCGAGCAGCCCUUUCCGCGGUCUUGUGUCUAGGAGCUCGGGAGGUUGUUGCACUUGGUGACUGCCUCAUUACAAGUCCCGAAGCCAGAAAUCCAGCCCGCGGCGGAGAAACCCAACGAGAUUUCUGUGCGGAGUGGCUCCCGGCAUCUGGGAAUCAGAUGGUCAAAGCAACGCAAAAUGUUAGGGCCGGAAAGGACUUCAUAGUUCCUCCAGUUCUGGUACCUACAGCUCAUUCCUUCCUGAGGCUCUCCCGUUAACUCUGGUCCCUUUGACACUACAAAAGAGAGAUGGUCGCUAUGGUUGGGGGUUUUUGUUUGUUUAUUUUUAACCCUCAGCCUCUAUUUUCUGGAAUCGCAGUCAAGAAGGAGACAUGGACACAUAAACAAGCAACUACAUACAGCGGACUUGUACGUGAAAUAAAGUAAAUGCUUGUAAACCGAUUAGGAAACUGCCUGGACCAUAGUAAAUGCUGUUCGACAGUUUUGGGGACCACAAAUAAGGGACUCAGAGUGGACUUCUCUCCUUCGCCUGAACUCUACGAGGAACCGGAGCCUUGGUAUCAGCAGAGGCCCCUUGAGCCUGUCCGCCUCCUCGGGGAGUCCAGAUGAAUUUGGGCAGUUAUGGUUUUAUUCUGAUGCCUUUGCAAAAAUGCUUCCUCUUCAAGAUUUAUAAAAAGGACUUUUGGAUAAAUACAAGUUUCUGACUUUCAGACCAUAAUGCUGAACGGGGAAUAUUCUGCAGAAAUAUACUCCCGCUAGGGUGGCUCGAGUACCGCUUUGGCCCAGGAUGGCUAGAGAAUCGAAGGAAAGCGCAGCCUUGGACGCCCAGUCUGCAGAGGAUCGAACCGGGAUCCUGACGGUGAAGGUGGAGGAGGAAGCCUCCGCUUUGGCUGCCCCAGGCAGCCUGGCUCUGUGCCGGGAGAACUCCCGCCAGCGCUUCCGAAGCUUCCGCUACCCGGAGGCUGAGGGGCCCCGCGAGGCGCUAAGCCGGCUCCGGGAGCUCUGCCGACUGUGGCUGCGGCCUGAGAUGCACAGCAAGGAGCAGAUCCUGGAGCUACUGGUGCUGGAGCAGUUCCUGACCAUCCUGCCGGGGGACCUGCAGAGCUGGGUGCGGGAGCAGCAUCCGGAGAGCGGGGAGGAGGUGGUGGUACUCUUGGAGUAUCUGGACAGGCAGCUGGAUGAGCCGAUGCCCCAGGGGCAGCUGAAAAUGGAAGAUGUGGUCCUGACUCUCUCCCCUGGAUGGACACAGCUGGAUUCAUCUCAGGUGAACUUCUACAGAGCUGAAAGGCAGGAGAACUGUGGCAGCCUGACCUCCUUGGGUGGUGAGAUAUGGACUAAGAUCAGGGACCUGCCUCCACAUGAGGAACAUCCAGAAGAGGAGCCUGGGCAGAUACCAUACCACCUGGGUGAAGACACUGCCCAGAUUUCUACAUGUGCAGAAGCUGGUGAACAGGAGGGCAGAUUACAAAGAAAGCAGGAAAAUGCCUCUGGGAGGAGGCAGCACAUUUGCCAUGAGUGUGGGAAGAGUUUUGCUCAGAGUUCAGGCCUGAAUAAGCACAGGAGAAUCCACACUGGGGAGAAGCCCUAUAAAUGUGAGGAGUGUGGCAAAGCCUUUAUCAGCAACUUUGACCUUGUCAUUCAUCAGAGAGUCCACACUGGUGAGAAACCAUAUGAAUGUGAAGAAUGUGGCAAGGUCUUCAGUCACAGUUCAAACCUUAACAGACACCAGAGAAUUCACACAGGGGAGAAACCCUAUGAGUGUGGUAUCUGUGGGAAAACCUUUAGCCAGAGCAGCAAUCUUCUUGAACAUCGCAAAAUCCACACUGGGGAGAAGCCAUACAAGUGCAAUGCAUGUGGCAAAGCCUUUAUGUGGAAUUCACAUCUCCUGAGACAUCAGAGGAUCCACAGCGAUAAAAAUGUUCAGAAUCCUGGCCAUGGAGAGACCUGGGAGAGUCAAGGGAGGAUGGAAAGCCAGUGGGACAAUGUUGAGGCUGUUGUGUCUUAUAAAUGUAAUGAGUGUGAGAAAAGGAAUAAAAGCCUUAUUGAGCAUCAAAAAAUCCACACUGGUGAGAAACCCUAUCAGUGUGAUACAUGUGGAAAAGGCUUCACCCGAACUUCAUACCUUAUUCAACAUCAGAGAAGCCACGUUGGGAAAAAAAUUCUGUCUCCAUGAUCCAUAUCUCAUACGCCAGAGUUGGUGCUCAUUUCUCAUUGAACUGAAGCCACCUUGGAGCCCUAGCCGACUAGAAAAUUGUGAGCUGGGCUUUAUUUACCACCACACAUCAUCAGGUGUUUGUUAGAAAAUAUAGAGUCUGGCUGAGAUGAAUUAUCUUCUACAUUCUAGGUGACUGGAAAAAAAAAACUUUUUUUGAUAGGAGGCUAUGGGAGAGUUGUCUUGAAGAGGUAUGACCUGAAAUAAUUUGUUCUCACCUAUUGAACUUAAAAGAGCUCCCAGGCUGGCUAAUGAAUCACCCUCGGCCAGCACUUUAUGACGAGUGAAAGGCUGUGAUUUGGGUGCUGCUGCUCUGACUAUUCAUCUUGCUUGUAAGGAAACCUCCAUGGUCUGUCAGAUUCAUGAAAUCUUAUACAUGCCCCCUCCCCAACACACUCAUACACUGUACAAGUGAGAUUACCUUCAUAGCUCUGAAAAUCUGUUGUCAUCUAGAUUUCUGAAGAAUUUGUCACCAAACUAUUUGUGCUUGUGCCUAAUUUUGAGGUACUAGAUUCUGAGUUCAUCCAGUGCAUGUUUUGCCAAGCCUAUAGGAUUGGCAGAGUAGGGAUAAGGGUGGGGUUACUAUGACAGAAGGAAUCCAAAUUUCUUUACCAGGCCAGGAAUUCUAGUAUGAAUGCUUUAAAUAGUUUUAUCAUUAAAUCAAUGUGAAUAUAUUUCAACCAUGGAAUUACAUUCUCUUAUUAAUGUUUCCCUGACAUUAAUUUGCUACUCUUGAAGGAGAAAAUGUUCCUAUGCAGGUAAUGUGAAAAUCAGUUAUCAAGUCAGGAUAAAAUAAUAGAUUCUCUAAAGCUCAUCAUCAUGGUUCUCACCUUUUAGUUCUCCUGGGCCUGACCAAGUGCUCUCUAAAGCUCAUGACACUAUCCUGCCCACAAACUUUCUCCCUCCCCUCAACUGUAUCAGACUACAUCAAGACUUAUACUAAGUUCAAACUUCCUCUGGGUCAGUGGAUUCACACCAGAUAUUUGAAACUAGUAUCACUUAUGGUUUCAAAACUCCAUUUUUAGUGUGGACCGUCUUGGUUUUCUUAUAUAUUGAAUCCCAAACCAUUUUUUUCCAUUCUUUGUCUCAUUAUGGUAUCAGAGUAAUCUUAGCAACAUGAAAAUAUUUGGGAAAUAUAACCUCUUGUACUUUUUGGAAGAAAUUGUGUAAAAUUGUUGACAAUCCUCCCUCUAAUAUUUGGUAGAAUUCUCCAGUGAAGCCCUCUAGACCUGAAGAUUUGGGAACUUUUGAAUUAUGAAUUCAGUUUCUUUAAUGGCUAAAGGACAACUCAGAUUAUCUCUUUCAUCUUGGUUGGAUUUUGAUUGCUUUCACUUUUUGAAGAAUUGGUCCAUUUCUUCUAAGUCGUCAAAGUUGUUAAGUGCAAAGUUGUUGACAGUCUGCCCUUAUGAAGCUUUUAAUAAAUGCAGGAUCUAUAGUGAUAUCCCCAAUUCAUUCCUGUUACUAGUGAUUUGUAUCAUCAUUUUAUCUUGUCAGUUUUAUGUUUUAUUGGAAAAUUUUUUGAAGAAACAGCUUUAUAUUGACUUUUUCCUGUUGUUUUCCUAUUCUCAAUCUCAUUGAUUUCUGCUAUUUAUUAUUUUCUUCUUUCUGAUGCCUUGGGUUUAUUUUGCUCUUGAUCUUUAGUUUCUUGAGGCAGGAACUUCAAUUAUUGAUUUCAGACUAUGCCACUUUUCCAAUAUAAGCAUUUAGUGCUAUAACUUUCCCUCUCAGCAUUUCUUUAGCUGUGUCUCACCAACUGUGAUAGGUUGUUUUUAUUUUCCUUCAAUUUCCUUUGAAACUUCCUCCUUGACUGGGGCAUUAUUUAGAAAUGUUUUCCUUAGUUUCCAAAUGUUCGGAGAUUUUUCUGUUGUCUUUGUUAUUUUUCAGUUUGAUUCCACUAUGGUCAGAAAAUAUACUGUUUGAUUUCAAUUACAUAAAUAGCAUUUUCUGUCACUGCUAGCCAUGUCAUUAUUUCCUAUGUAUCCUAUGAUACACUUUUUUUUUUUUUAAUUUAGUGAUCCUUUCUUUCCUGUUGCCCUAGAAGCCUCUGUCUGCCAGCAGUGUUUGUAUCUCCAGGAUUCAGCUCAUGCCUUGCUCAGAAGCAUUUAUUAUACAGCUUAGCUGGUCACAGAAAAUCUGUUUCCUUCUUUUAUCACAAGAUUCUUGCAAGAACCUCAGCCUUUCAUUCAAGAAACACUGAGUUCCUACUAUGUGCCAGUCCUGUUUUAUGUCCUUAGGAUGCUAAAGUGAACAAGAGUAAUGGCAAACAUACAGUUCUUAAUGCAUGCCAAGCACAAUUUUGGACACUUUACAUUUAUUACCUGUGAAUUAAACAAAACAGACACAAAUCCUUGCCCUUGAAGAGCUUAUAUUAACGUUAGGGAAGGGGUGAGUUAAAGAUUGAGACAAUAAACCUAUUGAGACAAUAAAUGACAAAGAAAAUACAUAAAUUAUAUACUAAGUAAGGGGAAACGAGCUACAGAAAAUCUUGAGAGGGUAAGGAUAUAUGUGGCAAUUUUAAAUACAGUGGUAGACAGGCCUGAGGUGACAUCUGAGUCCUGUCACUGAACUGAGUCAAGCUGGCCAUAGAAUGGGACCUGGACCCUUCAGCCCACAGUCCAAUCUUCCCAAAGGCCCUUUGCCUCAGCCUCCCAAACGGAAAGGCCUGAUCCAGCACACCUGGUUUCAGACGCAGUUGGGAAGAGGCAGGGGGAGAACGAACAGAAGGAAGGCUUCCCAUUCCAAGAAUCUUACUCCGCAGCCCCUUCCUCCACAUAGCACUUGGUUCUAACCAGAGCCCUACCUGGAGUUUCCAGGACGACCUCAAGAGGAGGGGUGCAACAGUGGACUCCAACCAUCCUCAUGGGAUCCUCUGACACCCUACACCGACAAACCACUACAACUCGAGGUACAGGAAUUUGACUCCAGGUGGGUAUUGCCACUUCCCUCCUGGGUGCACUUCUGGCUCCACUGUAGGAUUGUAGGAAAGCCCCCACACUCCAUGGUUGCUCUUGAGAAGAUUGAAGGACCUUGCUGACCCUGUCUGCUGAUGUCCAGUAUUGGUGGUUAUGGCCGUGGACUCGAUUCACUGUAUCUGCAAAAUUCUGACACUUUCUUAUAUGGUUGUUUGCUGACAUUACCGGACUUUCAUAUAUACAGCAUCCAGGGACACGUAAUUC